AGCCGGGGGCGUGGAGCAGCCAAGAUGGAACCGGUAGCUGGUGGGUCCGGUCCCCUGAUUCUGAACAACAAGCAACCCCAGCCGCCCCCACCUCCGCCGCCCGCAACCGCGCAGCCUCUCCCUGGGGCACCGCGGGCCGGCGGGGGCCUCCUGCCCGGGGGCAAAGCCCGAGAGUUCAACCGCAACCAGCGCAAAGACUCGGAGGGCUACUCUGAGUCGCCAGACCUUGAGUUUGAGUAUGCUGAUACAGACAAGUGGGCUGCAGAGCUCUCUGAGCUUUACAGCUACACAGAAGGGCCAGAAUUCCAGAUGAAUCGGAAGUGCUUUGAGGAGGACUUCCAAAUCCAUGUGACAGACAAGAAGUGGACUGAGCUAGACACCAACCAGCACCGCACCCAUGCCAUGAGACUCCUGGAUGGCUUGGAAGUUACUGCCAGGGAGAGACGACUUAAGGUGGCUCGAGCAAUUCUCUACGUUGCUCAAGGCACCUUCGGGGAGUGUAGCUUGGAGGCGGAAGUGCAGUCCUGGAUGCGCUACAAUAUAUUUCUGCUCCUGGAGGUGGGCACGUUCAAUGCUUUGGUGGAGCUUCUGAACAUGGAAAUAGACAACAGUGCCGCUUGCAGCAGUGCGGUGAGGAAGCCAGCCAUCUCCCUGGCUGACAGCACCGACCUGAGGGUCCUGCUCAACAUCAUGUACCUGAUUGUGGAGACUGUUCACCAGGAGUGUGAGGGUGAUAAGGCCGAGUGGAGGACGAUGCGACAAACCUUCAGGGCUGAGCUGGGUUCCCCAGUGUACAACAAUGAGCCAUUUGCAAUCAUGCUGUUUGGGAUGGUGACCAAAUUUUGCAGUGGCCAUGCCCCUCACUUUCCCAUGAAGAAAGUUCUCUUGCUGCUCUGGAAGACAGUGUUGGGAUCAGGGACCUGUGCUCCCACCCCCACGUCUGUGAUGCAGUGCACACUGGGCGGCUUUGAGGACCUGCAGGGCAUGAAGGCUGAGAAGCGCAGCAUCCUGGGCCUCCCACCACUGCCUGAGGACAGCAUCAAAGUGAUCCGCAACAUGAGGGCUGCCUCUCCCCCAGCUUCUGCCUCAGAUCUGAUUGAGCAGCAGCAGAAACGGGGCCGUCGGGAGCACAAGGCUCUGAUAAAGCAGGAUAACUUGGAUGCCUUCAAUGAGCGGGAUCCCUAUAAGGCUGAUGACUCUCGAGAAGAGGAAGAGGAGAAUGAUGAUGACAACAGUCUAGAGGGGGAGACAUUCCCCCUUGAGCGGGAUGAGGUGAUGCCUCCCCCACUGCAACACCCCCAGACUGACAGGCUCACCUGCCCAAAGGGGCUCCCGUGGGCUCCCAAGGUCAGAGAGAAAGACAUUGAGAUGUUCCUUGAGUCCAGCCGCAGCAAAUUCAUCGGGUACACUCUGGGCAGUGACACGAACACAGUCGUGGGGCUGCCCAGGCCAAUCCAUGAAAGCAUCAAGACCCUGAAACAGCACAAGUACACGUCAAUUGCGGAGGUCCAAGCCCAGAUGGAGGAGGAGUAUCUUCGCUCUCCUCUUUCAGGGGGAGAAGAGGAAGUCGAACAGGUCCCCGCGGAAACCCUCUACCAAGGCUUGCUCCCCAGCCUGCCUCAGUACAUGAUUGCACUGCUGAAGAUCCUCCUGGCUGCAGCUCCCACCUCAAAAGCCAAAACAGACUCAAUCAACAUCCUAGCAGACGUUCUGCCCGAGGAGAUGCCCACCACAGUGCUGCAGAGCAUGAAGCUGGGGGUGGAUGUGAACCGCCACAAAGAGGUCAUUGUUAAGGCCAUUUCUGCUGUCCUGCUGCUGCUGCUCAAGCACUUUAAGUUGAACCACAUCUACCAGUUUGAAUACAUGGCCCAGCACUUGGUGUUUGCAAACUGCAUUCCUUUGAUCUUAAAGUUCUUCAAUCAAAACAUCAUGUCCUACAUCACUGCCAAGAACAGUCCAACAGGUGAGGGAGGACAGCCAGAGCCAGCCCUGUCCCGACUGCUUUGCCAGACCCCAGCGUUCACUCAAGGUGGGUGCCUGGGUCCUCUUGCCUUCUGCAGCAUUUCUGUCCUGGAUUACCCUCACUGCGUGGUGCACGAGCUGCCUGAGCUGACGGCCGAGGGUCUGGAAGCAGGUGACAAUAACCAGUUUUGCUGGAGGAACCUCUUUUCUUGUAUCAAUCUUCUUCGGAUCUUGAACAAGCUGACAAAAUGGAAGCAUUCAAGGACGAUGAUGCUGGUGGUGUUCAAGUCAGCCCCCAUCUUGAAGCGGGCGCUGAAGGUGAAACAGGCCAUGAUGCAGCUCUAUGUGUUGAAGCUGCUCAAGGUGCAGACCAAGUAUCUGGGGCGGCAGUGGCGAAAGAGCAACAUGAAGACAAUGUCUGCCAUCUACCAGAAGGUGCGGCAUCGGCUGAAUGAUGACUGGGCAUACGGAAAUGACCUCGAUGCCCGGCCUUGGGACUUCCAGGCAGAGGAGUGUGCCCUCCGUGCCAACAUUGAACGUUUUAAUGCCCGGCGCUAUGACCGAGCCCAUAGCAACCCUGACUUCCUGCCUGUGGACAACUGCCUGCAGAGUGUCCUGGGCCAGCGGGUGGACCUCCCUGAAGACUUCCAGAUGAACUAUGACCUCUGGUUAGAAAGGGAGGUCUUCUCCAAACCCAUUUCCUGGGAAGAGCUGCUGCAGUGAGGCUCCUGGGCAGGGGACUGAAAAGGAAAGGGUGUGGUGCUGGCCAGGGACUGUACUGGCUCAUUGCUGCAGUGCUUUCAGCUCCCUCCAGGUGGCAGCACAGCACCACUGUGCCCUUCCUAGACAACACCCAGCAUGUGGGAAAUCCUGAGUUGGCCUCCCAUUGAUUUCUAGCAUCCUGCUCUGGACGGCUCAUCUCUCUCUUCUUGGGAUCCUCUCUUCCUUCUCUCCUUCCCACUCUCCUGUCUUGGACAUGGUUGGUUGAAGCUCAUUCUCAUUCAUCCCAAGGCUGGGAAAAGCUGGGAUGGCUGGGAACCCAUUGCAUCUGAAUUUCAAAAGUCAUGCUGACUCUUUGUGAGAUGCACAAACCCUUGGUAUGUCAGCUCGCUAAGGAAGUGGGUUUCAAAUUAGGGCCAGGGCCAGAAGGUCGGAAUCCUGGUUUUGGUUUGGGGGAUUUCUGAUGUCAUUCCAGCCUCCUGCUAAGUUUCAUCCAGAAGCAAUUGCAGAGGCUCCCAUAGCUGGCUCUCGGUUUGGUUUCGGGCAGGAUUGGAAGAGAAGCUUCCCUUAACCAGAGGUGCCAUUUUUCCUCUUGGUUUGCAAGGGUCUGUAAAUAUCUAUAUAUAUGAAUCUGUGUGUAUUCUCUUGUGUCAUGUUGGGGUUUUAAAUGUGUUUGUGUACUCUGUUUACAUUAAAAGGAAGCAAAAACAUUCCCAUUGCUUUGUCUGUAGGAAAUACAGCCCUUGAAUACCUCUUCUUGGUCUAGAAAUUGGGUUUUCCUGCCAGCAUUAAGGUUACCCACUUGUUCCCUGCCAAGCUGCCUGCCUUACCCCCUGAAGGGGGCAGAGGCGGAGUCGGCUCUUAACCCAGAGUGUUCUCUCUCCACAUCAGUCUGGGAUUGCUCCAACCCAGGGCCAGGGCUCUGGGUUGCUAGGGUGACAAGUUGUCCUGCACCCCUGGGUUUAAUGUAAUCGCUGUAAAAGCUCACUCCUACUCCUGAGCUGGCCUCAGCCAAACCAAUUUAAAUGCCAGGAGGGAGGGGUAGGUCAGAGAAGGGGCUGCCUGUUCUGGGCCUUCCCUGGGACAGGUGGCUGGGACUGAGAGGAAGCUUAUGUGCCUAGAGCCUAGGGAAGCAGACCAAGAGUCAGCUUCACAGUGGGAAAGGUGUUGGAGGAGCCAGGAGCGUGCAUGGCAGAGGGAGAAGCAAGGAAAGUCUUUGUGGUAGUUGUCAUUUUGAGAUCUCCUGGAGCCAGUACCUGGCCUUCAGAUUCCCGGACAUGAGUGUCCCUACCUAGCUUGAUCCUGAAGCUCUGCUCCUGAGGAUCUAUCAUUCUGCUGUCUUUUUGGAAUUGGCUUGACAAGCCCUUGCCUGUAAGACAUGUGUAUGGGGUGUUCUCCCAGGGGUCUUGAGUCUUGACUUGAAAUGUAUUCCAGGGAAGAUCUCCCCUUUGUUGGCUCUUCUGGUCAGUGCCUGUGUGGCCUGGGGCCUGUGAGGCCUCAUUUCAGACCCUGGGCUGGGUUUCCAGGACAAGCUGUAAUGGGUCAGCAUGGUUGGAAGCAGCAGGGGUGCAGCCAGCAGAGUAGUCUUUAGUGUGUCACACAGCCUAUGAAAUGGGGAGUUCCUGUGACUGAAUGGCCUUUUGCCCCAAAGUUACUUGCACAGGACAGGGAAUUUGACACAGUUCAUGUGCACAUGAUGGAUUUUCUGCUAUUUCUUGCCAGGACCAAUGGGAAGUAUGUAUCUUGAGAUCUCAGUUUGGGUCAGAUGGAUUUUCGCAUUCUUAUUCCACCAAGCAUGGAACCUGGCUCUCUCAACCUGGUUGGCAGAGCUUUGUCCUCCUCCUUUUUUGAUUUCCCCAGUCUCUCCUCUGAAGCUUCCCUUAACCAGAGGUGCCAUUUUUCUCUUGGUCUGCAAGUCUGUAAAUAGCUGUAUGUAAAUCUGUACAAAAAAGAGUGCAAAAUAUCCAAGCUGCCAGGGCCGUAAAACCUGGACAGGUAAAUCCUGUGUUGGCUCAGGGGCCGGCCCAGGAAGGGAAGUGCCUUAUCACAAACACAGACAGUGCUAAUGGCAGGUUGGCCAUGUGAAUCCAGGUCUUUGUACAGAAAUAUCUUUUGGAGUGGCUUUAUGUUUUAUCUGGGUCAUGAGGUAAGAAGGGUAUAUGAAGGCCCUUUAUAAAUGGCUGGGUUACAUAAAAUGUUGAUUGUUGCUAAUUGGGCUCACGGCCUAGUACUCCUUCAGUCCAUUGGGGGGUGGAUGAUGCCUUGCCUAUAUGGCCUCGAGGAUGGGAACUGCCCCUCGUUAAUCAAGAGUCCCCACUCACUGGGUGCCAAAUGGGUACCAGAUCCAAUAUUUCAAUAUUCUUGAAAGCUCAUUUUCCACACAGUAGCCACCAAGUAUGGGGUGCUUACUGUGUGCCAGCUACUGCUCUGAGCACUCUAUGUAUAAUAGCCUAUUGCUUGUAAUAACCCUGAAAGGUAGUACCAUUACAAUGCUUGUUUUGUGGCUGAGAAACUGGUACAGAAAGGGUAAAGAACAUGCCUAAGGUCCCAAGAUAAUGAGAGCCAGAGUACCAUUGCAAACCCAGGUCUCCCUUUGCAAAGUGUGUGUCCGUCCACCACCCCCCACACCCUUUCUCUGUUAACCAUCGUUAGUCCCCAGCACUUAGCACCAGGGCAUUCAUUGGCUUAUUUAUUCACCUUUGUCAGUGCUUAGUAUUUGUCCAAGCAUGGUCCCUGGCAAGAAGAUUGUGGCAAAUGUCAGUUGCUUUAGGGCCCUAACUGCCCACCCAAGCCUGGCCCUGGCCUAGCCUCUGGUGUGUCUCACAACUGCCCUCCUCAGGGCAACUUGGGGGCUGUCGCUGCUACCUUUUCUUCUUUUACAGCCUGAGCUUGAAUGUCUUUCUGUCUUGGGUCCUGAGGACUUGGUGUGGCUGCCCCUGCCAUGCCUGUCAAGCUGAUCUCCUGGGAGGCUAGCUUCCUGUCUGUCCUCUAAUGAGCCUGUGCCACUUGCCAGGCACAGUUAGCCCCCGGCCGCUGGCUGUAACACAAGGCGGGUGUGCCCUCUGGGAGUGAGACAGCCUUGACUUUCAUUCCAGGCUCUGACAUUUACUCACUGAGGGACCUUGGGUUCAUCAAGCUCUAAGCUUCAGUUGGCUCAUCUGUAAAAUUGAUUUAAUAAUAGCAAGAUGGUUGUGAGGGCUUGAAUAGGAUAAUGGAUAAUGGACCUACAUACCUGGCUGACAUGAAACAACACAGCUAAUAAAUAAAUGGCAGCUGUUCUUACAUACAAUUCUAACCUUCUAUGAAUUUGCAUCCAUUUCCUCUGUCCCCUGGAAAACAGACCCUUUUAAGGAUGAGAAUCUUAUCCUUUCAUCCUUAGCUCACUGCUCUGAAUACAGAAGUCUCUCAAAAAGUCAGCCACUCACCUAGCAAUACUGCCCCAUAGCUUGAAGACCUGUUCUGGGCUGGGCCCCAUUCUGGGUGUGCAGGUGAACAGAACCCCACAUGCUCACCUUCUUUGAUGUGCUCACAGUUGAUGGAGAGAUGGCCAUAAAAGCAAGAACAGUAACCUGGUAGGUACCGAGACAGACAUCUGUGGGGCCCAGCUGGUUCCAUUGGGCCCAGCCAGUGCCCUCACACUGGAAAAGAGAGUUGUUGGAUGGGAAUGGCGUCAGUACCAGGGCCCUAAGAGUAGGUGCUCGGUGCUCACUGUCCCCCCCCGCCCCCCAAUGAAAGUGGUUAGGAUGAGGCUGUGGCAGAGGCUGGGCUAGGGGUGAGGCAGGUAUUCCCUUUGCCUGAUACAGACAGUGCCCAGUUACUAGCAAUGCCUGGCUCUGUUUCUGUCUGAGUCAGCAGAGGAUCUGCCCUUCAGGGUUAUAAUUCCAGUUGAUGUGUAAAUAGUGGGGGAGGUGGGAAAGAAGAUUGAAUGCCUCUAAUGAGAAUCAUUCCCCAGAGCCAGACUGAGACUAGAAGCCAGGAGUGAAAGGCCUGCUGCCAGCGGCCUCCACUGUGGGCCUGGUGUCUGUGGUUCUGCCAGGACCAAGAUUUAGGGUUUCUCUGGGUGGAUCUUAGGCAGAGAGGUGCCUUUGCAAAGGGAGAUUGAGCCUACAACUUUCUUAGUGUUGGGAUUCCAGGUGGGGUCACUUCCCCUUUCCUUUUCCAAAAGGUCUGGCCAGAGCCCCAGCCUGGCCUUAGGGAUACAUGGGGCCUAGGCUGAGGGCUGAGUCACUGGAGUGAGGCUGGCAGAGGGCAGCAGGAGACCCGGAGGCCCUGUCUUAGAGGUUGAAAUGCUUAGGGUGUGGACGAGGGUGAGAGGACGGCUAAUGGGAAGCAGCUGGAAGGGCUGCCCGUGUCCCAGCCAGGGGACAGACAGGCUGGGAUGGCCCAGUCAGUGGGAGAACCCGUCAGCUCACAGAUAAUCCUAGGGAACAGGCUCUGGGAUGCUCAUUAAUAUUCAUUAUGUGUGAAGUGGGCAAUUGUAAAGUUAGCUUUCUCUUCAUUUAGCUGUCACUGGACAGAAAAAUAUGAGCUGUGGGCAGAUGCCCUGGAUGGGAGCCAGUAGCUGGUCUCUGGCCUUCCUGUGCCCUCCCCAGCCAGAGCCUCCCCCCCGCACGCAGGGCCCACUCUGGCCUCUGCCCGCCUCUCCUGCUCUUGAUGCACUGGUUUCUGACUCAGCUUUCUUCUCUUGUCUGUUUCUUCCCCAUUUGUGCUUCCUUUGCUUUCCCAGAAGAUCCCUUCCUCUUCCUUCUCUCCACCUCUUUCUAAGUUGUGAGAGAGGGAAUGAAUCGUUUUUCUUGACCAUUGCCUUUUAUCUCUGGCACCCAGCACAAUGCCUCGCACAGAGUGGGCGCUCAAUAAACAUUUGUAAAACAAACUAAUCUCUCUGCAUCCAACAUUGUGGAACAGGAAUUUUGCUGGCCACUCCUUGGGUGAGGAAACUUCUAGUGCAGUGGCCUUAAACCUGGAGUUAGAAAUGUAGGUUAACCUCUGUCUGUCAGAGGAAGCUGGGAUGCCUCUUCCUACUAUUCAUUCUUCCCUUCCUUCCCUCCUGAUGGACACAGGGCCCAUGCCUGGCCCUCAGAGCCAGGAUCAGUACAGAGAGGAGAGAAGUUGCCAGAAGCCAGGCCUCUGAGUGAAGUGAAGGGAUGAGAAGGAAGACAGGUUUCCUCUGGGGGAUGCUUAAGCCUAGUCACAGUGACUGUCUUGGCCAGAAAAUAUGAUGUAAGGGGGACUUGCUAUGUCUCUGGAUAUAAGCAUGGUGCUGGCGUCUGUGUGCUCGGGUUUCUCUGUGCCUGGAAGAGGAGGCACAGGGUGGGGUGGCUGGGCUGCUAGCUGAGGCUG